AACACGCUACGGUUGAGGAGGUGCUGCUACAGGUAAGCGCCCAAGUUUUAUAGAUUUUUGGUUUCUAGAGAUUGGGCAGGAUGCAUACUCCACUAUGUAGGCGGGGUCAUUUUUCGUUUCUUCUCCCAAGAGUGGCUUAUAAAUUUCCUACUUCCUACCGUACAGCUUCUUCUCCAUCGCUUCUGCAACGGCAUGCUCAUGUUCUUUCUUGGGAUCUGUCUGUACCAGUCCGGACAUCUUCUUCCGUUGUACAGGUGACUUCGUGUGUCGUUGUGAUUCGAUGCGAUCUGCCAUUGGAUUGUGAGUCCAGACACCUGCCCGAAGUCGGCAGAAAUUUCCAGCUUUUCGGAUUCGAAGAUGACGACUUUAAAGGGACAUCCAAUUCGGAGUCGCCUCAUUGCCUCCUGCUCGGCUCCGCACGGAGAACGUUUGACGGGAAGCGGGUGAGUAAUAUCGGAUAA